UGUAAACUUCACUGUGCUAAUUCCGGCUGAUUCAUUGUAGACCUACUGAAGCUUAGCACGGGUUCUGAGAGGAUUUUUAAUCAUACAGAUUUAAAAUGGACCGGCUACUGAGGCUUGGAGGUGGGAUGCCUGGACUGGGACAGGGUCCUCCUACAGACGCCCCCGCUGUGGACACAGCCGAACAGGUGUACAUCUCCUCUCUAGCCCUGCUUAAGAUGCUGAAACACGGCCGCGCGGGCGUACCGAUGGAGGUUAUGGGGCUGAUGCUGGGCGAGUUUGUGGACGACUACACCGUGCGUGUGAUCGAUGUGUUUGCCAUGCCUCAGUCAGGCACGGGUGUGAGUGUGGAAGCUGUGGAUCCUGUUUUUCAAGCGAAGAUGUUGGACAUGUUGAAGCAGACCGGAAGGCCAGAGAUGGUGGUAGGCUGGUACCACAGUCACCCCGGUUUUGGCUGCUGGCUGUCUGGUGUAGACAUUAACACACAGCAGAGCUUUGAGGCGCUGUCUGAAAGGGCCGUGGCGGUGGUGGUGGACCCCAUUCAGAGCGUCAAGGGAAAGGUGGUGAUUGAUGCCUUCCGAUUGAUCAAUGCCAACAUGAUGGUCUUGGGACAUGAACCACGGCAGACGACCUCUAACCUGGGACACCUCAACAAGCCCUCGAUUCAGGCGUUAAUCCAUGGACUGAACAGACAUUACUACUCCAUUACCAUCAACUACAGAAAGAAUGAGCUCGAACAAAAGAUGCUGCUGAACCUACAUAAGAAGAGCUGGAUGGAGGGUCUGACACUGCAGGACUACAGCGAACACUGCAAACUGAACGAGACCAUUGUAAAAGAGAUGCUUGAGCUGGCUAAGAAUUACAACAAGGCUGUCGAAGAGGAAGACAAAAUGACUCCUGAGCAGCUGGCCAUCAAGAAUGUUGGCAAACAGGAUCCCAAACGGCAUUUGGAAGAACACGUGGAUGUACUGAUGACGUCCAAUAUCGUGCAGUGCCUCGCUGCCAUGCUGGAUACCGUCGUGUUCCAGUAAACUUUCAUCGUGCAUAAUCAUUAAUAUUCUUUGUCUGUUGUGUCUUUUUAAGAAAAUAAACCUAUACAAAAUCCAGA